GCGCGGCCCGUGCUGCACCGCGGGGCGAGAUGGCGGCGGAGCGGCAGGGAGGCGGCGGCGGCCGCGGGGCCGGGCCGGAGGAGAGCAGCAGGGAGCACGGCAAGGACGGCAAGGACAACAAGGAGAACGAGCGGCCGGCGGGGCCGCAGCCCGGCGGCCUCGGCGAUAGCCUGGGCCUGGAGAUCCUGCAGAUCGUGAAGGAGUCGCAGCAGCAGCACGGCCUGAGGCACGGGGACUUCCAGAGGUACAGGGGUUAUUGCUCCCGCAGGCUGAGGCGGCUCCGCAAAACUCUCAACUUCAAGAUGGGCAACAGACACAAGUUCACUGGGAAGAAAGUAACUGAAGAGAUUCUCUCAGACAACAGGUAUUUGCUGCUGAUCCUGAUGGAUGCAGAGAGGGCCUGGAGCUAUGCCAUGCAGCUGAAGCAGGAGGCCAACACGGAGCCCCGCAAGCGCUUCCAUUUGCUCUCGCGGCUGCGCAAGGCUGUGAAACACGCCGAGGAGCUGGAGAGGCUCUGUGAGAGCAACAGGGUGGAUGCCAAGACAAAGCUGGAAGCUCAGGCGUACAUGGCUUAUCUCACCGGCAUGCUUCGCUUCGAGCACCAGGAGUGGAAGGCAGCAAUGGAGGCUUUCAACAAAUGCAAGACCAUCUAUGAAAAGCUGGCCAAUGCUUUCACAGAAGAACAAGCUGUGCUGUAUAACCAGCGUGUGGAGGAGAUCUCACCCAACAUCCGCUACUGUGCCUACAACAUUGGUGACCAGUCUGCCAUGAAUGAGUUGAUGCAGAUGAGACUGAGGUCUGGUGGCACUGAAGGUCUUCUUGCAGAAAAACUGGAGGCUCUGAUCACCCAGACUCGGGCAAAGCAGGCAGCCACGAUGAGUGAGGUGGAGUGGAGAGGGAGAACUGUCCCAGUGAAGAUUGACAAAGUGAGGAUCUUCCUGCUGGGGCUGGCUGACAACGAGGCAGCAAUUGCUCAGGCAGAAAAUGAGGAGACGAAAGAACGUUUGUUUGAGUCUUUACUCAGUGAGUGCAGAGAUGCCAUUCAGGCUGUUCGGGAGGAAUUGAAGCCAGACCAGAAGCAGCGAGAACACUCUCUGGAAAAUGAUUCUGGGAAGGUGUCCAACAUCCAGUACUUACACAGUUAUUUGACCUACAUCAAGCUGUCCACGGCCAUCAAGCGCAACGAGAGCAUGGCCAAGUCCCUGCAGAAGGCCCUGCUGCAGCAGCAGCGCUCUGACGAGGACGGCAAGCGCUCGCCGCGGCCGCAGGACCUCAUCCGCCUCUACGACAUCAUCCUGCAGAACCUUGUGGAAUUGACACAACUUCCUGGCCUAGAAGAGGACAAGAACUUCCAAAAGGAGAUUGGAUUGAAGACACUCGUGUACAAAGCUUACAGGUGUUUCUUCAUUGCCCAGUCCUAUGUCCUGGUAAAGAAAUGGAGUGAAGCCCUUGUGCUGUACGAGAGGGUGCUGAAGUACGCCCGCGAGGUUCAGUCGGGAGCUGGAGCUCACAGGAACAGCUUGAAGGAGCUGCCUGAUGUUCAGGAUCUCAUCACUCAAGUCAAUGCAGAGAAGUAUUCCUUGCAAGCAGCAGCUAUUUUAGAUGCAAAUGAUCCUCAUGAGACUGAGUCUCCAUCUCAGGUCAGGGAUGGCAAGCCACUCUCAGAACGGUUUGAGACUUUCUGCCUGGAUCCUUCCCUGGUCAGCAAGCAAGUCAGCCUCGUGCACUUCCCACCAGGAUUCCAGCCCAUUCCAUGCAAACCCUUGUUCUUUGACCUGGCCCUUAACCAUGUGGCUUUCCCACCUCUGGAGGACAAGGUGGAGCAGAAGGCCAAGAGUGGCCUCACAGGAUAUAUAAAGGGCAUUUUUGGAUUCAAAAGUUAACCAGGACCCCCAGAGGAACAGAGGUUUUAUUCUGUAUUGAAGGAGAAGCUCCAACAGGUUCUAGGACACAAAUACCUGCACCUGAAACCAACAGAGGGAAGUUUUACCAUCUUCUCCCCUGUGUUCUGUGUUCGUGUCUGUGCACACACAUUCUCUCCCAGUGUAUUAAAGACAAACAAUUACUCAGAAACAAACAUACACUAUAAAUAGCUGAAAAUAAUCUGGAGCACAGAGAAAUUCCUUUCUGCUUGGAGAAGUUUUGUGAUCAGUGGCCUGUCCAGGGUUGGUACACAUUUACCUACCAUGGACCAGGGCAUAGAUACAAAUUGAUUCCUGCCUCUGCUCCAUUAUUUGACACUAUAAUUUGGGGUUUUAAUCUAGAAAUUGGGGUGUAAUUGGGCAAUAGAGGCAGAAGUAGAUGCAGAACUAAACCAGCAAGGUGAGGCUCCCACACAAUGGCUGUGGAACAGUAGCCAAGGGGGCAACUUCUCCUUCCCUUUCAACCCGGAAGUCUCUAUUUUUUAAGAAUGUAACAUUCUGAAAUAAUGAAAUAUAGCCUCUUUCCUUGUCAAUAAGGAUGGCAAACAUCAGAUGUUGAUGGUUACUCCUGCUGUGAUGGUGAAUUUGUACUCUGGGCCAAUAGCACCCUUCUUUAUUCAUGCACAUUUUGUUAAAUACCUAAAUACAGUAUAGAACCUAUUCCUGAAAGUAUUUUCCUGGGAAAAUAGCUUCAUGGGUGGCUUUAGCAAUAGCUACUUGCUCUUCUUGGGAAGUUGGGUCUCUUGGUGUUCGUUUUGUCUCAGAUCUAAACCUUGCCUGAAAACAAGAUGAUCUUUUUCUGGAGUUCAUCUGUUGCUUUGUUUCUUGUCCCUGGUCAGUAGCUACACCUGAAAUGAGGGAUAAGGAACAGGAGACCAGUAGGUUUGUGAGUGAUAAUUCAUCUCUGUCAUGCCAGACAGUGUUUUUUAUAAAGCACCCAGGUGCCACGGGGAUGGGCACUUUGAAAGUGCAGAUAAUUUCAUAAUUGUGAUCACUUCAGUAGGAAAAAAAACCCCAUAGCACAUGGGCAGAACUGUUCCUAAAUAAAGCAUUUGGAAGAUUCCACCAGCACUGUGUGGGUUUUCACUCAGCCUGUCCUGGCAGGUGAAGCAACAGUUUGUUCUGGUUGUCUGGAAUUUGUGGUUUUUUCUCCUUUUGUAGGCAUUGGAGUUAAGGUUGGAAACAGAAGGACCAUUUUGAAUUAUUGGGUUUUUGUUGUAAUGGGAAUUUUUGUUCCAAGGUGCAUGUCAGAUGAAUGGGGGAAAUUAACAAUUCCCAUUAUUUCAAUAUGAAUGUUCACUUUGUUCCAAGUUGAUCUGAUUUGUGAGUUCUCAAAGUACAGAAGGACUGUGUGCUCAGAAAGAGGUGGGGGGAGGAACUUGUUGUUUGUUUUUAAUUUUUGCAGCAUGGAAACAAAAUGGGAAUUUCUGGUUGUAGCCAAUUCCCUUUGCCUCUGAAUCCCAGGGGCAUUUUACAGAAGAAGGGGAAAUGUACAGGUGAAAGAAAUGUGGAAGACUUUAUUCAUCAGAUAGCAAUUUCUAGAAAACUUGGUCUUGGCUGGCAGCUUUCUCUUCCCCUUAAAGCCCAUUUCCUUUUAGGCAAGGAAAGGCCCACAGUGACCAGCUCACCUGGUCACUGUGUCCUGCUGAGCUGCUCUUCUCAGCUUUUGGAUCAAAUCACAAAAUUGUUCUCUCUUGGUUUGCACCAAACUCUUUUCCUUCCACGGAUCUGUGCUCUGCCUGGAUUGAUUCCAGGGAAACUCCUACUGUGGCCACUUUCUAGUUACAGUUACAAAAAUAAAGAGCAAUUGGCUUCUUUCUGCCAAACAUCUUUUGACAGGGAACUGAUGAGGUGAAUGCAGAUAAGAAAUUUGAAAACAAUAAACUUUUAUUCCUGA